AUGGCUCAAGGCUCAUCUCAGUCCCAAGCGACGUCGUCUUCCACGACCUCACGCCUCGGCGUCAUGGCUCCUCGUGGUUCAGCUGCUGCCACAGCUGGAAUGCACAACCGUCAUAUCGGUGGAGGCGACAACUCCAGCUCCAGAGGCAUGGGCUGCAGCGGCAGUGGCUCUGGUGCCGGAAACAACAUACUCAGGUUCUACAUCGACGACACUCCUGGCUUGAAGAUCUCCCCCACCGUCAUGCUUGUCAUGAGCCUAUGCUUCAUCGGCUUCAUCACUGCCCUCCACAUCUUCGGCAAGCUCUACCUCCACCGAUCCACCGACGAAGCUUAA